AUGCCUAUAGAUCUAGGCUUAUCACGAAUAGCAAAACUACUAUCUCAUUUGAACAAUCCUCAUCUUAAAUAUAAGUCAAUUCAUUUAGCUGGCACAAAUGGAAAAGGAUCAACUUUAGCUUAUAUUUCUUCAAUAUUAACUCAAACUCAUAAGAUAAAAAAUGGUAAAUUUACAUCACCUCAUUUAAUAGAAUUAAAUGAUUGUAUCACUAUAAACAAUAAGAUUUACCCUCGAACGAAAUUUGACGACGUCAAUAAGGACGUGUUGCAGAUUGAUGAAGAAUUGAAAUUGAGAUGUACAGAAUUUGAAAUAUUGGCAGCUACUGCAUUCAAAAUAUUUGAAAUUGAAAAAGUAGAAUUAGCAUUAAUUGAAGUAGGUGUGGGUGGAAGAUUAGAUGCUACUAAUGUUUUGGAACCAUAUAAUUCAAAAGAAAACGGAGGUGUUGUGGCAACUGGAAUUACCAAAAUAGGAAUGGAUCAUGAAAAAUUAUUGGGCGAUUCAAUUCAACUAAUAGCGAAAGAAAAAGCAGGUAUUGUCAAACCCAAUAUACCGUGCUUUAUUGACUCACUGAAUGAUACAAAAGUGAUUGAUGUAAUAAAGGAAGCAUGUGAAUCUAACUCGUCUAAUGCAAUUAUAGUUAAACCCAGUGAAGAAAGUGAAGAAUUUAUAAAAUUAAGCCCAUUGAAAGGUCAAUACCAAGUACAUAAUCUAUCACUCGCAUUAGCGUUAGUGGAAUACGUAAAUAGAACUUACUAUAAUAAUCAAAUCACAAAAGAAAUAAUAAAUGAAGGUAUACAACGAACAAACUGGCCAGGAAGAUUGCAAUAUAUCACAAUACCUCAAACUUCGAGAAAAAUUCUACUAGAUGGAGCACAUAAUGAAAGUGCAGCAAUUGAAUUAGGUAAAUUUUUGAAGCAAACUUAUCCAAAUGAACCUAAAAUAUUUAUAAUCGGUGUAACAAAGGGCAAGAAUUUGAACUCGAUAUUAAAACAUCUUGUUUCUCCAAAUGAUAUAAUCAUACCAAGUCUGUUUAAUCAACCUGAACAAAUGCCAUGGAUUACUUCUGAACUGAUUUCCAAAAUCGAAAAAUCUUGUCACGACUUGGGUAGUACCAGUGAAAUUGUAUCUGAAAAUGCUUAUAUUGAGGAUGUUUUUAAUCAUUUAAAAAAUAAUGAGAAACUCAAAGAUCAACCGAUCAUAAUUUGUGGUAGCUUGUACUUAUGUGGGGAUGUUUUACGCUAUGUCAGGGAUAAGUAG